UCACAUGCCUAUCGCGAGUUUAUGAAAUUAGCCUGGUUAGUUAGCUAGCGGCCGAAGCUGGACCCCGUGCAGGCGGUUUACAGAGUUUUUUUUAUUUAUUUAAAACCAUCGAGGAAACUUCACCAGGGUGAUUCGUUGGUAUUUCCCCCCUUGCUUGAAAGGAGACUCAGUGGACCUUGAGUUUGACGGUUCCCAACGAUGAGUUAUGCUGAAAAGCCAGAGGACAUAACAAAAGAGGAGUGGAUGGACAAAUUAAACAAUGUUCACAUUCAGAGGGCGGACAUGAAUCGGCUCAUCAUGAAUUACCUGGUGACAGAGGGCUUCAAAGAGGCAGCGGAAAAGUUUCGGAUGGAGUCUGGAAUUGAGCCCAGUGUGGAUUUGGACUCUUUGGAUGAAAGAAUUAAGAUUAGAGAGAUGAUCCUAAAGGGACAGAUACAGGAAGCUAUCGCACUCAUUAACAGCCUACACCCAGAGUUGCUGGACACCAACCGAUACUUGUAUUUCCAUCUGCAGCAGCAACAUUUGAUUGAGUUAAUCAGGCUAAGAGAGACGGAGUCAGCCUUGGAGUUUGCUCAGACUCAGCUUGCAGAACAAGGGGAGGAGAGCCGCGAGUGUCUGACUGAGAUGGAGCGAACGCUCGCUCUUCUGGCCUUCGACAACCCCGAGGAGUCGCCCUUCGGAGACCUGCUCAACAUGAUGCAGCGGCAAAAGGUGUGGAGCGAGGUGAACCAAGCUGUGUUGGACUAUGAAAACAGAGAGUCGACACCUAAACUCGCCAAACUCCUGAAGUUGCUGCUGUGGGCUCAAAACGAGUUGGACCAGAAGAAGGUGAAAUAUCCUAAAAUGACGGACCUCAGCACGGGCACCAUCGAGGACCCCAAGUGAAGGGGGAAAAAGAAAAGACCUGCACAUUUACUUAAUUUAUACAUCUGUCAGUGACUGCGUGACAGCCAGGUAACAUAUAUGUAUGUUUUUUUUUUUUUUUUUAAAUCUCGUCAUUUAUGAGGGUUUAACUCUUCGUGCAAACUGUAAUUGCUGUAUUUGCAAAAUGACACAAAUGAUUCAGUUUAAAUACAGAUUCCGGGUUUUCCAAAAUUCAAAUUGCUGUUUUUAUAUUUUGUCUAUUCAAACUGUUCGCUGUUGUAUUUCAGUGACCGUUUUCCAGAAAAGACAUCAUUUUGCAGUGAAGAGUGGCACUCUCAGUGAAAGUGAAGAUGUUAUAAAUAUCAUUAAUAUCAUUAUUAUUAUUAGCCGAGGACCUGUUCAAAUCGAGCUGGUGGAUGGUUUUAAGAGUUAAUUGAGGAAAAUGUGAAUAUUUUUCCAAGUAAACAGAUCGCAACACUUUAUUAUUGUAAUAUAGUUUUAAUUACUGCUCUAUUUUAUGGCUUUAUUUAUCUUAAUGUGUGGAAGUUUGUUAUAAAUCCCCCCACACGCUUUUCAAACCGUGAAAUUAAAUGUACAUUUACAGUUAUUGGACAAAUUGACCUGUAAAUUUAAUUAUAUCUCACGUUCGGAGACGGGUUGAAAUCAGAGGACUUUAUUACUGAAUCGAGUCUCCUCAGCCUUUUCUGAGUGCUCGAGUGCUCCGGACAUCCUCCAUGUGACUACGUUUGGUUUUAUAUUUCAGGGGUGUGAGGUUAGAGUAAAGUUUUGGAGCUCGAGGAUUUAUACGCUGCAGCAGAGAACGGGACUCUUUGAUAAAUCUAAUAUAAUCAUGAACUUCUAAAGACGCAAAUAGUUUGUUGUCACUGGCUUUUAUUUUGUAAUUUAUUCUGCAAAGUUAUAGAUAUAUCUAAACAUGUGACUUUGAGUGCAUUUUUUUUUCUGUUAGGAUUUUUCACUUUCUCUGCAUGUAUGUUUACUUUUUUCAGUGAGGAGAAAGGUACUUGUGCUUGUUUAUUUUAUUAGAUUUUAUAUUAAAGAAAAAACAUGCAGCUUGU